AUGAAAAAAAUAGCAAGGGUGUAUAAGGAUCGUCACUCGUGGAUAGAAGCGUUCGUCGAAUUUGUAGACAAUUAUAAUGAUUCCGUGCAUCGUGCAGAGUUACCAAGUCAAGUGAAGGCGUUAGAGGAAGCAAAGGGGGCAUAUGAGGAUGCAAGAGAAAAACUAUUGCUGGAAGAUGAGGAGGCUGACGAGGUACAGAUGCGUAAUGAUCGAAAGGAGUUUUAUAAAAAAUACCAUAAAGUGAAAGGUUUCAUUAUGGAUUUGCAAAAGGCUGAUGAAAGUGCGCAUCCGAUUGCGAAUAGCACAAUGGCAAAUACAACGUCCGCGAGUGUUAAAAUGCGUUUACCAAAACUAGAACUGCCAACGUUUGAUGGGAACAUUACACAGUGGGUGACAUACAAGGAUCGUUUUGUGUCAUUAGUGCAUGAUGUACCGGAACUUCCUGAGGUGGCAAAACUUCAGUAUCUGUUAGCGUCGCUAAAGGGAGAAGCUGCACUGCAGUUUGAACAUGUGCCACUCGAAGACAAGGGCUACGCACCAACGUGGGAGACCCUACUGCAGAGAUACGACGAUAACAAGAUCCUUCGGAGGGAAUACUUCAAGGCACUGAUUCAGCUGGAACCUAUGAAUGCUACAACAUCAUCGGAACUGACCAGAGUAGUAAAUGAGACAAGACGAUUAGUUCAAGGAAUGAAACGGCUUGAUGAACCCGUACAACACUGGAAUACGCCACUCACGACGCUGGUAACGUAUAAACUCGAUAAGACCACUUUAAUGUAUUGGGAACAAUUUGCAGUGGAAAACCUGACCGACAGCUACGAGCAAUUGAUGGAGUUUUGCGAAAAACGUAUUCGCAUCUUAAAUAGUACCGCUCUCCACAGCGUCGGAUGCAAGGAAAACAACCAGUAG